AUGAACCGCAGACUGCUGAGGCUGGGAACAGGUGAGACAGAUGGAGUGGAGUUCAACCCGGCUGAGAAAAACCUUAGUGAUACGGGUUGCUUCAGUGGUGCAAGCAGUGAUGCCAGGUGGCUGCUAACAAUUAUCACCCUUGCAGGGGGAGAGGUCAGCGUACAGCAGAGACCUCCAAUCCGGGUUGCGCUGCUCAGGGAAGCAAUAUCCAUCCCCUGCGAGGUGACCUUCCCUUACAAGAUGAAAUACACCAAAUUUUCCAUCUUCUAUUACUGGAUUAACUCAGUGGGCAAGAAAACAUUCAUCGAUAAAAAGCUAUUAGAGAUCCCCAUCCCUCCUGGAGAAGAAAAUCACACCACUACCCGAUCUUACAGCCAAGAAACCAGACCGCUUGAAAGCACCUCUUUCACUGGCACGUAUUACUGUGAGGUCAAAUGGAGUGACAUCGUGAAAACUGGAGCGGGAGUAUUUGUCCUUGCUACAGAUGCAGGUUACAUACAGACCUCUUACAGGUGGGAAAUUCUCAUUACAUUUACCGCUAUCUUUGCUGCCUUGAGCAUCACUGGAACAGGUCUGCUACUGUGGAAAAGAAAGGUACUGUGUCCUGGAAGGAACCGGCUCCUCAAUAUCUUGAGGCACAAUGUGGAAGCUCAACCCCCUUCACCCAGCCCCGCUCCAGCUACUCCCAUCUAUGACUGCCUGGAUUCUCAGCAAGUCGAUGUCUAUUCAGUCCUUGGGAGCAACGCAGCGGAGCCGUCGCGCGGGAGUCCUGCAGGGAAGACACCUAAGAAGCAAGAAACUCUAGAAGUAUCCUGUGAUACAUUGUAUGAGAAUAUCUAACAGGAAGAAGAAAUGACUCUGUGUGGACCAGACAUCUUUCUGUAAGACAGAACUACUCUCUUACAUGCUCAGUUCUCUGCAAAGACCCACACUGACUUCAGGGCACAGCCCGGGGGACUUCUGAAUCCCUGGCUCCCUCUAAACUGCCCUUCAUUAACAACAGAAUACAGCUGUUCAGAUCCCCCUGGGGCUCAGGCUGGGUUGACAGCACAGCUAUUUUGCAGGAAAGCCGUUUGGUGGAAAAGAAAAGAUAUUUUUGUGAGGCAUUUACAACRCUGUGACUUAAAAACUGGAGCAUAUGGGAUCUAUGCAGAUUUCUCUCACACCUGAGCUGGUUGAAAUACUUGAAAUCUGAUCGUCUGUAAGUGCUACCACAGUCCAGAGACCUCCCUGCUUCCUGGCCUGCUCUUCCAAUCCAGACCCGCAGUAGUCCAUCUGAUCCUGUGCCCAGUGGCUAUUCCUGGCAUGGCCAUCAGGGCUUCACACAUAGUUUAACCAAGAUGCAAGUGUCCACCUGCCUGUUUUUCCU